UACUCCAUUACCCCAUCAUUUGUCGUCAGGUUUGACAGUACGCCACCCAAAGCCACCCUAGCCCCUAGCGGAAUACACCAAGCUGUUCUUCGUAGUGCGUCCGUCUGCGCCGGUAGCGAUCCAUUAUUCGCGACGGUAGCGAUCCAUCAUCCCGGACGGAACAGGUGCCGCCAACGCCUAUAUUCUAAUCCUCGGUGUAAUGUUCCGCGAGUUGAAUCACGACGACAGGCGGCCCGUCCGCCCUCUGCCGUCCACCAUUGUCUGCCAACAGCUGAGCAACUGUGGCUGCGAACGAGCACCAGUGUAUCAGGUUUGGGUUUUGAUAUUACGCAAAACGAUUCGCUUCUAGAUUUGCACCCUAGCAUCAUGUGCUGCCGAGGCGCUGCCAUGUUGAUGCAUUCUCUAUCUUCAGGCGCCGCGCUUACCGUUGCAUUCGCUAGUCUCCUGCAGUAA